AUGGAGAAACUCAUGAAAAAUCAAGAGAUGGCAAGACAAGAUCAAGAAGCAGCAAGAAAAGAUCAAGAAGCAGCAAGAAAAGAUCAAGCCACAACAAGCAAAAACCAAGAAGCUUCAAUAAAAAAUCUCGAGAGGCAUAUGGAACAAAUGGCUAAACGAAUUACAGAUGCAUCCCCAAGUGCCACUCAAGACCACCCACGGGAUAAAGGAAAAGCUACAAAGUGGGAGGAGUGUAAAGCAAUCAUAGUGGAAAGUGAGAAGAAAGCCAUCAAUCAGGAAGAACACAACAGAGAAGUUCCACAAGGAGAGACAGAAGAGAGAAGUGAAGAGGAUCAGAAAAUCAAGAAUGCAAAAAGCUCAAAGAGAGAUAAGGACAUUCUUGAAACACAACUACAAGAGAAGAAGGAAAGGAUGCCAGUGUAUGCCAAAUUUAUGAAGGAAGUGCUGACAAAGAAAAAGUCCCUAAAAGAAGGACAAAUUGUUGAGAUGACAAAGGAAUGUAGUGCUAUUCUCCAAAGAGAGUUACCAGAGAAGAAAGAUGAUCCUGGGAGUUUUUAUAUACCUUGCACUAUAGGAGACAUAACAAUUGAAAAGUCAUUCUGUGACCUUGGUGCAAGCAUAAACUUGAUGCCUUUGUCUCUAAUGAGGAAACUUCGAAUUUGUGAGCUGAAAUCCACACGAAUACUCCUUCAAAUGGCUGACAAAUCCAUCCAGCAAGCAGUUGGAGUUGUAGAGAAUGUGCUGGUAAAAGUGGGAAAAUUUCUUCUCCUAGCUGAUUUUGUCAUUCUGGAUAUGGAGGAGGACCCUAACACCCCCAUCAUCCUAGGGAGGCCUUUUCUUGCUACGGGCAGAGCACUGAUAGAUGUUGAAAAAGGGGAAUUGUUGCUGAGAGUGCAUGAUGAGCACCUAGCAUUCCAUGUGUUUAAAACCCCACAUGAGCCCACUCAAGAAGAAGAGUGUACGGAGGAUAAGGCCAGAGAUCAAAGUUUGAAGGAGGUAGUCAAUGAGUUAGCUCCAAGACUUCCAAAUCCAUGCUUGAAAGAAGUAGAGAUGGUGCAACAGACCAAAGAAAUCAAGGAGGAACCAGAUCCAAAACCUCCAGAUGAGAAAUUCAACAUCUCAGAUAAGGAACCACCAAGGCAGGGAAUGCAGGGGACAGAACAUGCUCUUAGUCAAGUGAAAGUGAACACACAAGCACAAACUUAA